ACGUCACUACACAACUAGGGCUUACAGAUCCACAGCCAUUUAAACUCGCGCACCCACUACUGGCAUAGUCUCUGCCGCCGAAAUAAGGUUUACAGGUGAGAGAGCGCUUCUCCGCAGUUGAUAGCCUCUUGUUGCCGAUCGGUCAUCGAAGGUUUCAACAUGUACACUGCAUUGCAGAAGAUUCACAAGGAUAAGGAUGCUGAGCCAUCUGAAUUUGAGGAGUCUGUUGCCCAGGCAUUGUUUGAUUUGGAGAACACUAACCAAGAUCUAAAGAGUGAUUUGAAGGACCUAUUCAUAAACUCUGCUGUUCAGAUUGAUGUAUCUGGAAACCGCAAAGCUGUUGUGAUCCAUGUCCCAUAUAGACUAAGGAAAGCCUACCGGAAGAUACAUCUUAGGCUUGUCAGAGAGCUCGAGAAGAAGUUCAGUGGGAAGGAUGUUGUUGUAGUUGCCACACGAAGGAUCGUGCGACCUCCCAAGAAGGGUGCAGCUGUACAGAGGCCGCGUUCCCGUACACUUACAGCUGUGCAUGAGGCUAUUCUUGAGGAUCUGGUGUACCCUGCUGAGAUUGUUGGGAAGCGCAUCAGAUACAGACUUGAUGGAUCAAAAAUAAUGAAGGUUCUAUUGGAUCCGAAGUUCAGGAAUGACACAGAAUACAAGUUAGAAACUUACUCUGGUGUCUACAGGAAGCUUUCCGGAAAAGAUGUAGUCUUUGAGUAUCCCAACCCUGAGGCGUAAUUGCCAUUUCACUUUUUUUGAAUAUUUCUGUUGGAUACACAUCUUGAAUUUAAGAAUGUCUGCUAUCAUUGCCUAGGUUGUCUGAAAUUUUGACUAUCGACUUUUAUGCGUUGACAAUUACUUUCUAAGUUCAGUAUUUAUGAAUGUUGAAAAUACCAUGCGCUGUACUGUUGAAUGGGAAA